AUGAAGGGACUCGCAUUCCGAAAGCUCGGGAGAACAUCUUCUCACCGAAACCACCUCCUUCGAAACUUGGUCUCAUCUCUUAUCCAGCAUGAACGCAUCUCAACAACAGUAGCAAAGGCAAAAGAGGCCGCUCGCGAGGCGGAAAAGAUCAUCACACUUGGCAAACGAGGAACAACACAGGCUGGCUACGGCGCGAGAGGCUACCUGUUUUCGCAGCAGGAGACGCUUCCCAAGCUGCAAGAGCUCGCACAACGAUACGCAAACCGUCCAGGUGGUUACACACGCAUUCUCCUCCACGGCAACAGGAAAGGUGACCACGCUCCUCGUGCCAUCCUCGAGCUCGUCGACAACCCAUUCGAUCUUCGCAUGCAAAUGACCGCCCGUACCCUUGCAAAAGAAGUGUACGACCGCAUCACCAAGUACGGCGGCGAUGACAUUCUCACAGGACGACAAUUCGACCUUGCUAAUAUGGAGCAGGAUACCCGAUUUAACCAUGUCACACGCGAAAACAUGACCAAGGUGGUCCAGUACGGAGGUAUGGAGGCGAGAGAGAAGCUCGCUCGAAUGGCUACUGACCAUCUCUUGCGGCUUAAGGCGACCGUUGUCGUGGAGGGGCCAAGGCGCAUCGAUGAGGACAAGAUGAAGGGUUUCGGCGACAACAAGCCUCGAGGACGUCUUCUCACAAAGCCUAUGGCAGGGUCAAGACCGUUUGCAGGACAGGAGGGAGACAACCAGCCUGCACCAUUACCAGGAAAGAGGCGCAACUCGGUCAUCCGUAUCGGCAAGGGCGCAUUCGCCAAGCGACUCAACUACCGUUCUGUCAGCAUGCCUUCCUCGAAUCGAGAUGCCCAGACAUAG